ACAACUUAUACCCUCACCCCUUCAGCAUAUAUUAUGAUCGAUUAUCAUGUCUUUUGCCGGCAAACUUGUCGUCGUAACGGGCGCAGCCUCUGGGAACGGCCUAGCCGCCGCUCGAUUACUCGCCCAACGUGGUGCAGCCCUAUCACUAGCAGACAUCAACGCCGAAGGACUUGGAAAAGCAAGGGCACUUAUAGAAUCAGAGAACAGCCCUAAGUCACACAUUCUCACAAUAGCGUUGGAUGUCCGCGAUUCCGCACAGAUCGACUCGUGGAUCAAAAGGAGCAAAGACAAGCUGGGCCCUUUAUACGGAGCAGCUGACGUUGCAGGAGUCACUGAAAAGCAAUUAUCGGGCGAUCCUCUCGAUGCUGCAGAGUGGGACCAUAGGAUUGGGACUAAUUUGACGGGGGUACUGCAUUGUGGCCGGGCGCAGGCCAGGAACGCAUCUUCUGAGGGCGCAUCUAAUGUGAAUGUCUCGAGUAUCGUAGGGUUAAUAGCUGUUGCAGGGGUAGGGCUGGCAUACACAGUCAGUAAACAUGGAGUUGUGGGAUUGACGCGGAGAAUUGCUCAGCAUUUGGCGCCGAAGAAUAUCAGGGUGAAUUGCGUGGCACCUGCGGUGGUCGCUACACCACUUACUGAGAAGGCAUUCAAAGACCAUCAAAUCCCCAUGAACUUGAUGCAGAGGCUUGCGAAACCAGAAGAACUAGCGAGCGUUAUCGCCCUUCUUCUCAGCCAGGAAGCCUCCUUUUUGACGGGGUCUACAUACCCUGUGGAUGGGGGCUAG